AUGGAUGACGUUGUCAUUAGCGGUGUAGGAUGCAGGUUGCCAGAAUCUGAUAACUUGGAGGAAUUCUGGCAACAUCUCAUCAACAAAGAUGACAUGGUAACAGAAGAUAACAGAAGAUGGGAACCAGGUCUCCAUGGCUUACCAAGGAAAAGUGGCAAAAUUAAAGAUCUAAGUAGAUUUGAUGCUUCCUUCUUUGGUGUUCAUCCAAAACAAGCAAACACUAUGGAUCCGCAGCUAAGAAUAUUCAUGGAGUUAACUUAUGAAGCAAUAGUAGAUGCAGGUAUUGACCCCCAAAUAAUGAGAGGCACCAAUACUGGUGUAUUUGUUGGUGCUAACGGCUCGGAGACAUUUGAAGCACUCGCCGGUGACGCCGAUACAUUACUUGGUUACAGCAUGACUGGUUGUUGUCCCGCUAUGUUUGCUAAUAGAAUAUCCUAUUUCUUUGACUUCAAGGGGCCAAGUUAUCUGCUAAAUACAGCCUGCUCAUCCAGUUUACUUGCAAUGGAACAUGCAUUGAGAGCUAUCCGCAGUGGUCAGUGUGAUGCCGCCAUUGUAGCUGGUCUUAAUAUAAAUGUCAAACCCAAUACAUCAGUGCAGUUUAUGAAGCUUGGUAUGCUGUCCCCCGAGGGACAGUGCAAGUCAUUUGAUAUACAAGGUAAUGGCUAUUGUAGAUCUGAAGGUUGUGUUGCAAUCCUAAUGAUGAGGUCCUCUAAUGCUAAGAGAGUAUAUUCAACUGUUAUCCACGGUGGAACUAACAGUGACGGCUAUAAAGAACAAGGUGUUACGUUUCCGUCUGGAAUUGAACAGAAAAAACUCAUACACAGAGUUUACAAAGAAGCAGGCAUUGAUCCCAAAGAUGUUGUUUACGUUGAAGCUCAUGGAACGGGUACAAAGGUCGGUGACCCACAAGAAAUCAAUGCUAUUGUUGAUGUCUUUGGUAAAAAUAGAAACAAAGACAACCCUCUACUUGUUGGUUCUGUUAAAUCAAACAUGGGUCACCCGGAACCCACUGCUGGGGUUGCUGCUGUUGCCAAAAUAAUUCUAGCCAUGGAAAAAGGAAUCAUUCCACCAAAUCUGCAUUUCCAUGAUGCCAGUCUUGAUAUUCCGGGACUUCAUGAUGGUAGACUCAAGUACAUAUUUUCUGGCAUGGGUACGCAGUGGCAAGGCAUGGGUAAAGACUUGAUGAAACUAAACACUUUUAAGAAAUCCAUCUUGAAAUGUACAGAGGCAUUAAAAGACACAGACAUCAAUGUGUACGACACGAUAAUGGACAGUGAUGAAAAUACCUAUGAAAACGUGAUCAAGUCAUUUGUAGGACUUGUAUCGAUUCAGAUUGGUUUGGUAGACCUCUUAAAGUCCAUGGGUGUGGAACCUGAUGGUAUUAUUGGACAUUCAGUUGGUGAGUUAGGUUGUGGUUAUGCUGAUGGCUGCCUUACAGCUGAAGAGACUGUUCUUGCUGCUUACUGGAGAGGCAAGUGUGUGAUUGAUGCUGAACUACCUGCUGGUGGCAUGGCUGCUGUUGGUUUGUCAUGGGAAGAAGCUAAAUUGAUGUGUCCCGAUGACGUGGUUGCUGCAUGUCAUAAUGCAGAAGACACUAUCACAAUAUCAGGACCAAAAGCUAAAGUUGCUGACUUUGUUAGUGAUCUGAAACAGCGAGGCAUAUUUGCUAAAGAAGUAAACAGUUCCAAUGUUGCCUUCCACUCCUACUACAUGGCCCAGAUUGCACCAAAUCUGAAAAAUGCUUUAACAAAGAUUAUCAAAUACCCUCGUCGGAGAUCACCACGAUGGAUCAGUUCCUCCAUUUUGCAAGACAACUGGAACACCAAACUAGCCAUGUAUAGCUCAGCUGACUACCAUGUAAAUAAUCUGGUCAAUCCUGUGCUAUUUCAAGAAGCCUUGUCUCAUGUACCAUAUAAUGCUAUCACAAUUGAAGUCUCUCCUCAUUGCCUGCUGCAAGCCAUUCUGAAACGCUCUCUCAGUUCAAACUGUGCCUUUAUUGGACUAAUGAAACGCAACUGUCCAAACAAUCUUGAAUUCUUCUUGUCUAACACUGGGAAAUGUUACCUCAAUGGAAUGACAUUAAACAUCAACAAACUAUUCCCAGACGUACAGUAUCCAGUAAUGAGAAAUACGCCAUCCAUCGCUCCAUUGAUCCAUUGGGAUCACACACAGCAAUGGUAUGUCCCUAAAGCCAAAGAUUUCUCCACGGGAAGUGGGCAGAGUAAUGCAGUGGUCUCGUAUAUUAUUGAUGUAUCACCAUCAUCAGAAGACCAUUAUCUGCGUGAUCACUGCAUUGAUGGCAGAGUGUUAUACCCAGCCACGGGAUACCUUCUUCUUGCAUGGAAAACUCUGGCUAAAAUACGUGGGUUACCAUACCAACAAAUUCCGGUGGUCUUUGAAGAUGUCACCAUACAUAGAGCUACAGUUUUGCCAAGUCAAGGGAAUGUGACUCUAGAAGUGUGUCUAGCACCAACUACAGGACUAUUUGAAGUUUCUGAAAGUCAUCAGUUACGUGCAUCUGGCAAAGUAGAAAUCCCUGAUGAACCAUUGCAACUCCUUGAUGUUUUGGAGGACGAAGAAGGAAGUACAGUAGACACUGAAUUAUUGGAGCUACCUGGAAGUGAUGUAUAUAAAGAACUCAGACUCCGAGGAUAUGAUUAUGGAGCAACUUUCCAAGGAAUAGUCCGAGCUGGCAAUUCUGGCAACCAUGGAUGGCUUACAUGGAAUGGUAACUGGAUAUCGUUUACUGACACAAUGUUACAAAUGCAGAUGUUACGACGGCCUGGCAGGAGCCUUAGAUUACCAACAAGAAUUAGAUCAAUCCGAAUAGAUCCUGUUGAACAUCUCAAGAGGGUGACCUGCGAGCAGGGUGGAAAAACUGAGGUGAAGUUUACUGUUGGUACAUACACUGAUAGAUGCAUUGCUGGUGGUAUAGAGAUAUGUGGUCUACAUGCUACUGUGGCCCCUGUGCGUCAACUACAGCAAACUCCGACACACUUUGGGCGUUAUAUAUUCGUACCAUAUGAUGAACGAAUUGUGGGCGAUGAUCUGAAAUUGGUGAAUUACCAACAGGUCUGUGAAAAGUACGCCCUAGAUCUGUUAUGUCAUUUCAAGGAAACGUGUCAAUAUCAACAGAAGAUGUUAAACAGUACAAAGUUAAGAAUGGUAGUCAAUGACGAUGUAAAGAAAUACAUGAAUGAUCCAGAGUGUGGUCUGAUCAAAAUCAUUCAUGCAAUCUACAAUCUGGAGGUGAGUGCAUCAUUCACUAAAGACGUACAGAGUGUAUUGAGUCUCAACUCUGAUCUGAUGCAGAAUGAUAAGUUACUGAGCGUUCUAACUAGUGGAAGAUAUCUAAAAUAUUGUCUUGAUGUGGUGAUGGAGAACACACCAAGUAUGAAAAUGAAGAUUGUGGAAGUUGGAGUUGGAGUUAGGGGAAGUGGCUUGUACAGCAAAGUGAUUCCAAUAUUGAAUUCUUCACAACCAAUGCUACAGCUAAAAUAUAUCUUAAGUGAUCAAACUGGAGAGGUCAUGUCAUUGAAAGGGGAGGAGUUUGCUGUCACAAUGACAAAAUGGGAUCUUUCUGAAUCACCACCUGGUGAUGUCAAUUCAUUAGAUCUUGUUAUUGCAGAGGGCCUUGCCAGAGUGUCAAACAUUCCCUCAGCUCUGAGUAACAUAUCAUCGGCUUUGAUAGAAGGUGGGUUUCUGCUGCUACAUGAAAGAACCAUAAACUUCACAGUACCUGCAGUCUUCGAGUUAAUAUCACAAGAUAUGUCUAAUGACACUUACUUGGAGAAACAGUAUGAAAUGUUUCUCAGUGAAGACCAAUGGGCGACAGUUUUAGAGUCAGCCAACUUUGAAAUUGUUUCUCAAAAGUCUGAUGGUUUGCAGUCAACACUGUUUCUGUGUCGAAAACGUGUUUCAUUUAAUGAGAAGUCCUUCAUUUUGUCAGUGAAUGGUGCUAACUUUGAAUGGGUAGAUAGUUUGAACAAGGCAAUCUCAAAUUAUCAAAGGAAGCCUAUGAAAGAGAAAAUCUGGUUGCUGGUGAAUGGUGCAGUGGAUUCUGGCAUUGUUGGUAUGUUGAACUGUUUAAAGCUGGAACCAGAUGGAGAUAGAUUUAGAUGCAUAUUCAAUGCUAGUCUGGAGAAUGACGCCAAACUACUAGAUCUGGAGAACAAAACAUUGAAAAAAAUAAUGCAACAAGACUUAGUGAUGAAUAUUUACCGUGAUGGCGAAUGGGGAUCAUUUCACAAUGUGCCAUUCAGCGCUUCCACUAAAUCCAGCACUUUACUCACACCACACGCAUAUGUUAACAUAUUGACACGUGGUGAUCUCAGUACACUGAAAUGGAUCGCAUCACCUUUGAAAUAUGCAACCCCAGAAUUCAUUGGUCAGAGCAAGGAGAUUUGUAAUGUUUAUUACGCAUCUCUUAAUUUCCGAGACAUCAUGUUGGCCACUGGUAAACUACCUCCUGAUGCUCUACCAGUUAAUAUUGCUUCUUACGAUUGUGUAUUGGGAAUGGAAUUCUCUGGUCGUAACAGUACAGGCCAGCGUGUGAUGGGACUGGUACCUGCUAAAGGUCUAGCAACCACAGUGAGUGUUGAUAAAAACUUCACCUGGGCUAUACCGCAGUCAUGGACUAUGGAGGAGGCUGCCUCAGUUCCUGUUGUCUAUGCGACCGUAUACUAUGCACUGAUUGUCCGGGGGCAGCUGAGAAAGGGAGAAAGUGUUCUGAUACAUUGCGGUUCAGGUGGUGUUGGACAAGCUGCCAUCUCUGUGGCCCUACAUCAGGGGUGUCAAGUAUUUACAACAGUUGGUUCUCAUGAAAAGAAAGAUUACAUAAUGAAAAGAUUCCCAGAAAUGAAUGAUGAACAUUUCGGUAAUUCAAGGGAUUCCACUUUUGAGCAGAAGAUUCUGAUAGCCACUAAGGGAAAGGGUGUUAACGUUGUUUUAAACUCCCUGGCUGAACAGAAGUUACAGGCGAGCACCAGGUUACUUGCGCGACACGGACGAUUCCUGGAAAUUGGCAAAUAUGACCUUUCCAAUAAUUCACCACUGGGUAUGUCUCUGUUUUUGCGUAAUGUAACAUUCCAUGGUAUCUUGCUGGAGGCCCUGUUUGAAGUUGACAACCCGGACUGGCAGUCGGUUUUUGAUUUAGUUUCUCAGGGAAUAGAAUCCGGAGCUGUACAACCACUGAAAACAACAGUAUUUACACAUGAUAAUGUUGAGGGCGCUUUUCGACUCAUGGCACAGGGUAAACAUAUUGGUAAAGUGUUAAUCCAGGUUCGCAGUGAAGAAUCUGGUUUUGUAACUAUGCCCAUCCCUGUACAAAUCCCUGCAAUAUCACGUAGUGUGUGUCAUCCCAAAAAAACUUACAUUAUAACCGGUGGUCUUGGAGGGUUUGGUUUAGAGUUGGCUAACUGGCUAGUUGAGAGAGGGGCACUUCACCUUGUUCUGACGUCUAGAUCAGGUAUUCGCAAUGGCUAUCAGAGUCGGCGUGUGAAACAAUGGCGCGACCUUGGAGUCCAGGUCACAAUCUCGACUGUAGACAUAACUGAACAAGCUGGAGCUGAGAAACUAAUAGAAGACUCCAGCCAAAUUGCACCCGUUGGAGGGCUAUUUCAUCUUGCAAUGGUUUUAAAAGAUGGCUUAUUUGAAAACCAGACUCCUGAGACAUUCCAAUCAGUCUAUGCUGCCAAGUAUGUUGGUGCAUGCAAUCUGGACCAAGCUACUCGCAAGCUCUGUGCUGAAAGUAUGGACUGGUUUGUUGUGUAUUCUUCCAUUGUGAGUGGACGUGGCAACGUCGGACAGACUAAUUAUGGAUUUGCAAACUCCGCCAUUGAAAGAGUAUGUGAAAAGAGAUAUUAUGAGGGAUAUCCAGCAUUGGCCAUACAAUGGGGUGCUAUCGACGAUGUUGGUAUUGUGCCAGAAACAAUGGGCUACAAUAUUUCAGUAGUUGGGGGUACAGUGCCUCAGAAAGUUGCCUCCUAUCUGUCUACUCUAGAUACUUUCCUUGCUCAACAACACCCAGUGGUGUCAAGCUAUGUACUGCCAGAUGCAUCAAAUUAUGUCAUGUCUGAAGAGGCGCCUACCAAACGUCGCACCUUGGUGGAUUCCAUUGCACAUAUUUUAGGUGUUGAUGAUCCAUCCACUCUGAAUUCUACUACAACUCUGGGUGAUCUGGGACUGGACUCGUUGAUGGGUGUUGAAAUUCGGCAGACUUUGGAACGAGACUACAAUAUUGUCAUGACUAUGCAUGACAUCCGACAACUCUCAAUGAAUAAAUUAAAAUCGAGCUGCAAAGAUAAAUGA